CAGACUUCUGCAUAACCUGAAGGAACACCCAAGAAAGAAAAUCUAAAUCUGGGUUCAGGCUGUCCCACUGUAUCCAAUGCUGAAUGUGGUGAGGGAACCCAAGAGGAAAUUCUGCUUUCAAGUCUUUCCUUGGACUUGAAACCCCACUCAGACCUAGGGACUUUACUGAUUCUUCUAGCAACAGGUAGAUUCUGUCCAAUCUCCAUGACAAGAAAACUUAUUUCUCUUUCUUUUUCUUAAGACCACAGGUCUUGAGCUGGAAGGGAGCUCAGAGGUCAUUUAGUCCAACCUCAUUUUAUAGGUGAAAAGACUGAGGCCAGGUAGGGUGGCUUGUCAACCACAGGUGGUGUCAGAAAUAGGGUUUCAAUCUGGGUUCUCUGAUUUGGUAUCUUUGACCUUCCACUCAAAUAGCUGACUUUCUUUUUCACUUUUCUCUCUCUCUCUCAAGUUCUGCCUUGUGAAUAUAAUGUGUUCCUUGAGUUACGCUAUUCCAUAGGACUGGAGGAAGAGGAGGAUGGAGAGCCUCAAGACAGAAUGGACUGGGGAAGUUGGGGCAAGAAAAGGAGAAUGCGAAGACAGAGAUGGUACACCCAUUUAGCAUCAUUCAUCUUGUACUGGAUGGCAGGCUGCACAUUUUUUUCUCAGCCCAGCUCUGGAGCAGGAAUUAGAAGAAAGAAAAACAGAAGCCAUGAGAAUAGUCAAGCCAAGACAAAUGCCCACAUUGGCUGAGUCUGAAAAUGUAUGUCUCAUUCUGCAUCUUGGAUGGAUCAUCAGAAGCACUCUCCCAAGAGUAUCCGGGACAUCCAGCAGAAACUAACACAUCAAGCUUGGAAAAAAACUAACAAGAGAUGGAGAAGAAAAAAGAGAAAGAAUCUAUUUCACUUUCUCCAACAGAGAACUAUAUGGACAACCAGGGACUAGAUAUGACGGGGGAAGAACCAGACAUUCCAGAAAAAAUAAGGAAUGAAGAUACAGGAAUCAACUUGGGAAAUGGAUCAGAGCUUUCCGCUUUCCAAAGGAGGAGCCAGGAGCCUUUCUCCAAGGUACAACAGCUCUACAGAGCUCAUGCCCAGCUGUUCCAGAGAAUCCUAUGGGGCCUCCUGUGUACAGCCUAUUUUGCAUAUGUCUUGGUGGCCUGUAUCCUGAAUUUCCAAAGAGCCCUGGCUUUGUUUGUCCUCACCUGUUUGGUCCUCGUCUUUUUGGCUUACAAUCUCAUUAAAAGGCAUUUUGGGAAGAAACUGUUGAGAUAUGGGAAGCCUUUUGAAAAUUCUCAGCUGUGGCGUUGGCUAAAAUGGGGUCUAAUUGCAGUUGCCUUGGUCAGCCUCGUCCUGUGGCUGGUCCUUGACACUGCUCAAAGGCCAAAGCAGCUCAUUUCUUUUGCUGGAAUCUGUAUGUUCAUUAUUAUCCUCUUUGCCUACUCCAAACACCACUUUGCAGUGUCCUGGAGAGCUGUGUUUUGGGGUCUUAUGCUGGAAUUUGCUCUUGGCAUCUUGGUUGUCCGAACUGAUCCUGGAUUUGCUGCAUUUCAAUGGCUUGGUGAACAGAUUCGGAUUUUCCUCAAUUACACAGUGGCUGGUUCCAGUUUUGUCUUUGGGGAUGCUCUCAUCAAUGAUGUUUUUGCCUUUCAGUCCUUACCAAUCAUCGUCUUCUUCAGUUGUGUGAUGUCUAUCUUCUAUUACCUGGGACUUGUGCAGUGGAUAAUUGUGAAGAUUGCCUGGAUUUUGCAAAUUACCCUGGGCACCACAGCCACGGAGACCUUGAGUGUGGCAGGGAACAUCUUUGUGGGUAUGACAGAAGCACCUCUGCUGAUUCGGCCAUACCUACCAGACAUGACCUCUUCAGAAGUCCAUGCUGUUAUGACUGGAGGUUUUGCUACCAUUUCAGGGACUGUGUUGGGAGCCUACAUCAGUUUUGGGAUUGAUCCCGCAUCCUUGGUGUCUGCUUCUGUGAUGGCUGCUCCUUGCGCUCUUGCUCUGUCCAAGCUGGUUUACCCAGAAGUGGAAGAAUCCAAGUUCCAAAACAAGGAAGGAGUAAAACUGCCCCGUGGAGAUCAGAAGAACAUUCUAGAAGCCGCCAGCAGUGGUGCUGCAGACUCUGUAGGACUCAUUGCUAACAUUGCUGCCAACCUCAUUGCCUUCUUGGCCGUGUUAGCCUUUAUCAACGCUAUCCUUUCCUGGCUGGGGGAGAUGGUGAACAUAGAGGGACUCAGCUUCCAGGUUAUCUGUUCCUACGUCCUACGGCCCAUUGUUUUCAUGAUGGGUGUGGACUGGGCAGACUGUCCAAUGGUUGCUGAGAUGCUGGGGAUCAAGUUCUUCCUGAAUGAGUUUGUGGCCUAUGAACAGUUGUCUCAGUACAAGAACAAGCGUCUCUCUGGGAUUGAGGAGUGGGUCGGGGGUGAGAAACAGUGGAUUUCUGUGAGAGCAGAAAUCAUCACAACUUUUUCACUGUGUGGAUUUGCUAAUCUCAGUUCGAUGGGAAUCACAUUAGGAGGCUUAACUUCGAUGGCACCCAAACGGAAGAGUGACUUUGCCAAGCUGGUAACAAGGGCCCUCUUGACAGGGGCCUGUGUAUCCCUGGUCAAUGCCUGUGUGGCAGGAAUCCUCUAUGUUCCCAGGGGGGCUGAGGCCAACUGUGCGUCUUUCCUGGACACAACAAAUUUCACCAGUCCUAGCUAUGAAAUCUACGUGUGCUGCAGAGAACUCUUCCAGAGCAUCACACUCAACAACACUGGCCAAUUUAGUGCUGAGACCCUUGCCAGCUGCUGUGGAUUCUACAACCAUACCAACUGUAUCAAAAACAGCCUCUUUGUGUAACAAUAUUUGAUCGUAGCUCAUAGAAUCUAGCACUAUCUAAUCCAGUGGUAACCCCUGCAACUGUAUAUGAAUUUAGAAAACAAUAAAUUUACACGAUCUAUGUUGUAUUA